AAUUCCGCUGCGCUGGGAGACGGAAGUGCUGCUUUCGAGGCCGCCCCAGGAAGGGCGGAAGUGAGCGGCGUGGAGGAAGUGGCUGCAGUGAGGGCGGAAGGCGCGGUGGCGGGGACCCGAGGCGAGGUUCUGGGCACGCCUGCCUGUGCCCCCGCCGGGCUGUGGCCAUGGAACUCAGCGCCGACUACCUCCGCGAGAAGCUGCGGCGGGACCUGGAGGCAGAGCAUGUGGAGGUGGAGGACACGACUCUCAACCGUUGCGCGACCAGCUUCCGAGUCCUGGUGGUGUCGGCUAAGUUCGAGGGAAAGCCACUGCUCCAGAGACACCGGUUGGUGAAUGAAUGCUUAGCUGAAGAGCUCCCGCACAUCCACGCCUUUGAGCAGAAAACUCUGACCCCAGAGCAGUGGCGGAAGUGAGGGACCCAGGCCCGGACAGCCAUUAAAUUGUAAAUCAGG